GAGGAGGAGGAGGAGGAGAGCGCUGGCCAUGGCGGCGCCCGCCGCGCUGCAGCGGAGCGUGGUGUCCCCCGCGGGCAGGCACACCGCCUCCCUCAUCUUCCUGCACGGCUCAGGUGAUACUGGCCAAGGAGCAAGAGCAUGGAUAAAACAAAUUUUGAAUCAAGACAUGGCAUUCCAACAUAUAAAAGUAAUUUACCCAACGGCUCCUGCCAGGCCAUAUACACCUAUGAAAGGAGCCUUUUCCAAUGUGUGGUUUGACAGGUAUAAGAUCUGUAAUGACUGUCCUGAACACAUUGAAAGCAUUGAUUCCAUGUGCCAGGGCCUUACUGACCUGAUCAAUGAUGAGGUUAAGAAUGGCAUUGCCAAGAACAGGAUACUCAUAGGAGGCUUUUCGAUGGGAGGUGGAAUGGCGAUGCAUUUGGCAUAUAGGUUUCAUCAGGAUCUGGCAGGAGUCUUUGCCUUGUCUAGUUUUCUCAAUAAAGACUCUGCUGUUUACCAGGCUUUGAAAAGAAAUGAAAGUGCCCUUCCAGAAUUAUUUCAGUGCCAUGGAACUGCUGAUGAACUAGUUCUGUACUCAUGGGGUGAAGAGACCAACAAGAUGUUAAAGUCUCUGGGAGUAUCAGCAUCACUUCAUACUUUUCCAAACCUGAAUCAUGAGCUGAACAGAACUGAAAUAGAAAAAUUAAAAUCCUGGAUUGUAAAGAAAUUGCCUGUUGAAGCACCAAAGGCAAAUGAAUAAACCAAGAUCCAACCUCA